CCAGGCACACUUUCGAAAAUGUUAUCUGAUAUUGGUGAAACGUAAGAUGAACGUAUUACGCUGUUGUCCUCGUCAGCAGAGCUCGUUAAUCAGUGCUAAAGACUUCUGCCGAUUUGGUCGUCGGCUUCGAAUAUAAAAAAACCCAGACUGAUUCGGGUCCAUCAAGUUUGUUCUCACAACAAGCGGAAACUGGUCGAUCGUUGUGAUUUUAGCUCACAGACAGCGUUCCUGAUUCCUGCAACUAUUUUUGGUGAUUUUCAUCAAUCAAAGAAUAUCUCUCUCUCUCUCUCGAAAAAGUACCAACCAACCAACAACAAAAUGCCUAAAUUCUUUCUGUUUACGUUGGCCCUUGUCUGCACCCUGUCACUCGCGUGGAUUGAAACUGAAGCUAUGUCUGUUGGACUUCGCAAACGUUUGAACGUUAUAAAGAAUGUGCAUGAUCAUCUGCAAGCAUCUCGUAGUGUAAGAGAGGCGAGAAGAGAAGAAGAAGAAGAAGAUGGAGAAGAGGAUGAAGGAGAAUACGAAGAAGAAGCUGAAAUGAUGUGGGGUUCAAGAGAAGAUGCUGAGAUGUUUCUCAGCAUCUUUGACCUCAACAGAGAUGGCAAACUGAGCAGAGACGAACUGUGGGGAUUCUUCGAGGCAUUAUCCUACACCGACAAAGAAAUUAACCAAAUAUUGGAGAAAUUCUCUGCCAUUGACACAAAUUCAGACUCCUUCUUCUCUGUUGAUGAGCUAAUGAUGGCAAUGCAACUGUCGCUGCUGUAAGGUUCACAGAAAGGACCAAUUUAUGGAAUUGGUAUCGAAUAGGUUGUCGAACUUAAGAAAAGUAAACUAUAUAAUAUCUAUAUGAUAUCUAAUAUGAUAUCUAUAAGAUGUCAAUAUUUGUUCAAUAUUUUCAAUAUAUCUUAUGUAGAAAUUCAAUAAAAACAAUACCAAAACUGUAA